AGCAUGCGUGGUGACAUCAUUACACGUGCGGGCUACGGUUGGAAGAGGCUCCGCCUACUUGGCUAAUUCCCCCGCACAGGUGAAUGGAGGAUAUUUAAUGAAUGAGCACCAGUAACAUCUUUUCAAACGCCAGUUACCACUUCUUUUUUGUCAAGAUUUUGUAAAACAGCAACAUGGUUUCGAAACUGGAAAAUGCAAUGGAAGGCCUCAUUAAAGUAUUCCAUACAUAUUCUUCCAAGGAAGGAGACAAGUACAAGCUAAGCAAAGCUGAGCUCAAGAGCUUGCUCCAGGGAGAACUCGGUGACUUUUUAGCAGCGAGUAAAGACCCCAUGGUCGUGGAGAAGAUCAUGUCUGAUUUGGAUGAGAACCGGGAUGGAGAGGUGGACUUUCAGGAGUUUGUUGUGCUGGUGGCUGCUCUCACAGUGGCGUGUAAUGAGUUCUUUGUAGAGAGCAUGAAGAAUUAAAUGUUCUUCUAUGACUCUCUUCAGCUGCAUUUUGUAAAUGUUGUCAAAAAAUAAAUACUAGUGACAUGCAGACUAA